AUGUUAGCAGCUACAAAUACUUUUGAAGAUUUAACAAGUGAAAAUCGCAUCAAGUGCAAGACUGGCAAAUCAGAUGGUCCUAGAAAUAUGAGUCGAUUGCAGGUUGUUAUUGAUGACAUGACAGUACUAUUAUUAAACACAACUUUUAAAUACUUACCGGAUCCAAGCUUCAGUCUUUCAAACAAAUCAACGAAAGCUCAACAAAGUGGCGGUGCAACAUUUACAAUUCAGGGUGAAGGGUUUACCAAUGUAGGACAAAUAACUGUUGAAAGAGUGGACAAACCUUGCCAUGUUCCAGAAGAUACAUCAGCUGUCUGUGAAACGCCACCAAAAUUGGACAAUCAGCCAAACAAUCAAACUGUUAAGGUUCAUUUUGAUGGCUUGAUACUUACAGUCACUAUAGAAUAUGUGGACGAUCCCACAUUUCAAAGAUUUUCAAGCGUUGUAGAAUAUGACAAGGAGUCUACUAUUCAAAUCAAGGGGGCAAAUAUUCUAAAUGGAGCUGGACUUAACGACUACAGUAUACAUAUUGGCUUGGAUGGAAGUUGUCCCAUAACUGAUAUUGCUAUGACAUUUAUCAAAUGUUUACCUCCAAAAUCAGUACCUCGGACUGAUAAUGCAGAUGUAAAUACGGUCAAUGUACUUGUCUUGGUUGGAAGGAUCGAAGAAUAUAUUGGUGACCUACAAUACAAAGAAGACGUAAAUACGUUAGCCUUUGUAGUUGGUGCUUUGGCUGUGGCAUUGGUCACAGCUAUUAUUAUUGGCGUAUCGGCUGUAGUUUUUUUAAGGAAGAAAAGGAAAAGAGUUAUCAAAGAAUUCAAAAUGGAACUUAUGACAAGAGAAGAAACGAUACGAAAAGCUAGUAGAGAAGAAUUUGCUGAUGCUCAGAUGAAUAUAAGAGACAUCAAAUCAGACCUUGUUACCACAAAAGUGCCAUUUUGUGACUACCAAACUUAUGUCCUUCAUCUCCUCUUUCCAAACCAAAACCUAACAUCGAAUCCGCUUCUUCACUAUUCAGAGGUAACAUAUUUUCAUAUUUAUUAG